GGAACUUCACGCGGUCCAUCCUGAUUCUAGACGGACUGUAAAUAUCGAUGUACAGGAACUUUGUACAGCGUGGAUUGCUGUUUCAAUUCCGAAAUCAUAGGUUCCAGCAUGGAAAACACAACUGAAGGGAAAUGGGAUAGUUUACCCGUUAAACUUCACGACAGUAUUAUGCAAACCCUCGAUGAGCUUGGAUUUACGCACAUGACACCAGUUCAGUCCGCCUGUAUUCCACUGUUUAUGAGAAACAAAGAUGUAGCUGCCGAGGCCGUGACUGGCAGUGGAAAAACACUUGCAUUCGUGAUUCCCAUCAUAGAAAUACUUCUAAAGCGAGAGGACAAACUAAAGAAAAUGCAGGUUGGAGCUCUAAUCGUCACACCGACCAGAGAACUGGCCCUGCAGAUCAGUGAGGUGAUGGGUCAGUUCCUCAAGAAGUUCCCUCAGUUCAGACAGAUUCUGUUGAUCGGAGGAAGCAACCCCAUUGAGGAUGUGGAGAAGUUCAAGGAGCAGGGAGCCAACAUAUUGAUUGCAACGCCUGGACGUUUGGAAGACAUGUUCAGGAGGAAAGCUGACGGUCUGGACUUGACCCUGUCAGUCAAGCACCUGGAAGUCCUGGUGCUGGAUGAGGCUGAUCGCCUGCUUGACAUGGGCUUCGAGGCCAGUCUGAAUGUCAUCCUGGGGUAUCUCCCUAAGCAGCGCCGUACAGGUCUGUUUUCAGCCACUCAGACUCAGGAGCUGGAGAAGCUGGUGAGAGCUGGCCUCAGGAACCCUGUACGCAUCACAGUCAAGGAGAAGGGUGUGGCGGCCAGCUGUAUGCAGAAAACACCAGCCAGGCUCUGCAACUACUACAUAAUCUGUCGAGCAGAGGACAAGUUUAACAGUCUGGUGGCAUUUCUCAGACAUCACAAACAUGAGAAACAGCUAGUGUUUUUCAGUACGUGUGCAUGUGUGGAGUACUUUGGCCGAGCUUUGGAGGUGUUGAUUAAGAACGUUUCCAUCCACUGUAUCCAUGGCAAAAUGAAACACAAGCGCAACAAGAUCUUCUCAGAGUUCAGGAGUCUGAAGAGUGGUGUCCUGGUGUGUACUGACGUAAUGGCCAGAGGCAUCGAUAUCCCAGAAGUCCACUGGGUAUUGCAGUACGACCCCCCUAGCUCUGCCAGUGCCUUUGUCCAUCGGUGUGGACGGACAGCACGCAUCGGUAAUCAAGGCAACGCCCUGGUAUUCUUGCUGCCAAUGGAGGAAAGCUACGUCACAUUCCUGUCCAUCAACCAGAAGUGUCCUUUGGAGCAGAUGGCCCCAGUGAGUGAUGUGGUGGACGUACUGCCCAAGGUGAAGGCCCUGGCACUGGCAGACCGGGCCAUGUUCGACAGGGGCAUGAGGGCCUUUGUCUCCACCAUACAGGCCUACGCCAAACAUGAGUGCAGCCUCAUCUUCAGGGUCAAAGAUCUGGACUUUGUUGCGCUGGCUCGUGGAUUUGCCCUCCUCCGCAUGCCCAGGAUGCCAGAGCUGAAGGGGAAAAACUUCCCUGAGUUUGAAGAGAUGGCCAUAGACACAGACAGCAUCCGCUACAAGGACAAGCAGAGGGAGAAGUUGAGGCAGAAGCUGCUGAUUGAGCUGAAGAUGAAGAGAGAGGAGAGGGCUGCGGCACCAAAGAGGCACAACGAUAAGAAUAAGGCCUGGUCCAAACAGAAGAAUAGAAAAGAGCGCAGGAGGAAAACCGCUGCCAAGAGGAACCGGGAUGAGGGCUCAGAUAUGGAUGAUGAGGACAUGAAGGAGCUGUUGAAAGACACUCGGCUCUUGAAGAGGCUGAAAAAAGGGCAGAUCAGCGAGGAGGACUUUGAGGAACAGCUGACAGGUGGACAGAAAAACCAGAGGAAGACAGCAGGACCCUCAGAGGACCCACACAGCUCAGCUGGAGAGGACGUCUGAAACAACCUUUGAGACACCUGUCAUGAGACAACACCAGUCGUUUUCAUCCUUGCCUUUGUUUCAGCAAGGCGGGUCUUACCACCUAGCUCUGUUGGUCUUAUGAACUUGGCUGCUGUGA